AUGGAAAAAGAGAUUCUGGAAGUUGGCUUGAUAGGGUUGGGUGAUAUGGGUUUGAUGUAUGCGAGACAGAUAGUAAAAGCCGGUUGGAAGAGGUGUGUUAAAAGAAACGAAAGAACUCGAGAGGGUGCAAGACAUAGUGGUAUGAAUGUAUUGUUGGAUGGACAUGCAGUAUCACGAAGAAGUGAUUUCAUCAUUUAUUCGGUGGAAGCAGAAAAUGUCGAUAAAGUCGUAGGAAUGUAUGGCCCGUCAACAAAAAUUGGUGCAGUUGUCGGUGGUCAGACAUCCGUAAAAGAACCGGAAAUUCUGGCAUUCGAGAAACAUUUACCGGAUGAUGUGCAUAUUGUGUCAUUUCAUUCUCUUCAUGGACCAACUGUUGACUCGAAAGAUCAACCUUUGGUACUGAUCCAGCAUCGGGCAUCAAAAGAAAAAUUCGAAAUUGUGAAACGUGUCUUGUCGUGUUUAGGAUCGCGCAUGGUCGAAUUGUCAUAUAAAGAACAUGAUCGUAUUACUGCUGAUACGCAGGCUGUUACUCACGUUGCUUUCCUAAGUAUGGGAACUGCAUGGAAGACUCAACAGCAAUUUCCGUGGGAGACUCCACAAUACGUGGGUGGAAUCGAGAAUGUCAAGGUGAAUAUGGCAUUGAGAAUUUACUCCAACAAAUGGCAUGUUUACGCAGGACUUGCCAUAAUGAAUCCAAGCGCCAAAGUUCAAGUUCAUCAAUACGCGCAAUCUGUGUCCGAUCUAUUUAAAUUGAUGAUUCAAGAAAAGGAAGAAGAAUUUUCAAAGCGUGUUAAAAAGGCUGGAGAUUUUAUUUUCCGAAAAGUGAUUGGAGAUCGUGAACCAAUUCUUCUAUCGGAUUUGUAUCUUGACAAAUAUUCAUUGUCGAUUGUACCGAAAGAGAAACGAAAACCUAAUUCUCAUCUGUCGUUAUUAGCAAUGACGGAUUGUUGGUACACUCUGGGAAUCAAUCCUUACGAACACUUGGUGUGUCAAACACCUUUAUUUAGACUUUGGACUGGAAUAACCGAAUAUCUAUUUCGAAACACCGAAAUGCUAGAAGAAUCAAUUCGAUCAGCAUUAUACAAUAAAGACAUUCGCGCUGAUGAUAUGGAGUUCUAUAGCGCGUCAAAAGGAUGGGCCGAGUGCGUAGGUAUUGGAAAUAUGACCGCGUAUAAAGUGAGAUUCGAAUCGACUGCCCAAUUUUUUGAGUCAAGAUUUGAAGAAAAUAAUAAACUUGGCAAAGAAAUGAUCAAUUUGAUUACGAAUAAGACGCAUAAUGAAUGA